CAUAGUGUUGUCAAAAAUUGCGACUUGUAAGUAAAAGUCAAGGCAGCCAUCAACGUAGUGUUGUGAAUACUGAAUUGGAAGAAGCUCCUGUGUUGUGUUGUGCUCCGUUUCACCAACCACCAACCAUCCACCGUCUACCAACACUGUGACUCUCCUCCGUUCCGUUAACGAUGGGAGUGACACCCAAAAUUGCUCCUUCGAUGCUCUCUUCCGACUUUGCUAAUUUGGCUUCCGAGGCUCAUCGCAUGCUCAAUUCUGGCGCCGAUUGGCUCCACAUGGACAUCAUGGAUGGGCACUUUGUCCCCAAUUUAACUAUUGGUGCUCCAGUCAUUGAAAGUUUGAGAAAGCACACAAAGGCAUAUCUGGAUUGUCACCUGAUGGUUACAAAUCCUCUUGACUAUGUUGAACCUUUGGCAAGAGCUGGUGCUUCUGGUUUUACAUUUCAUGUAGAGGCAUCAAAGGAUAACUGGAAAGAGCUUGUACAAAGAAUUAAGUCACAGGGCAUGAGGCCUGGUGUAUCGUUAAAGCCUGGGACACCCAUUGGAGAGGUUUAUCCCCUGGUUGAAGCUGAAAAUCCUGUGGAAAUGGUUCUUGUAAUGACUGUAGAACCUGGAUUUGGAGGACAAAAAUUUAUGCCAGAGAUGAUGGAUAAGGUACGGAUACUGAGGAAGAAGUAUCCAUCACUUGACAUAGAGGUUGAUGGUGGUUUAGGGCCUUCAACCAUAGACAUGGCCGCAUCAGCAGGGGCAAAUUGCAUUGUUGCUGGAAGUUCAGUGUUUGGAGCUCCUGAGCCAUCUCAAGUAAUAUCCUUGCUGAGGAAUUCUGUUGAGAAAGCUCAGCAAACAUAUUGACUUGGUACAAUCAAGUUCCGUCAUUUUAUGUUGCAGUACACUUCACUACUUCACGCAGUCAAUAUGCUUAAUGUGCUAACAUUUUGAUUCGUCGAAUAAAAGAUAGGUGAUUUAACAAUGUUACUAUAUAUGUCUAUAUCUAGUGUGCACUUCAUAAAAAUAUAAAGGCAUAAAAGGGGAUGACAGAUGCUGCUGUCACCUAACUCCUUUGUUAAAGAACAUAUAAUACUAAAUUUUGAAUUUAA